AAAACCACCAAUAAAACUAUAGAGUUUUCGUUUAUAGGACAAUAAGAUGAUUAGUUAUACUAAUACUAACUAUAGUUAUGCAGAAGUUCAUAUUUGAGCACUAGUGUCCGAAGUUUAACAGUAAAUCUCCUCCCCGUGUGACGCAGUUCAGCGUUGUGCAUCACUUCCUUGUUCUGCCAUCAGGUCACAAUCACGCCGUCUUUCGCUACAAUGUCCCCCUGUUUUUAUUUGAACUAAAGCUCGUCGUGUCCCGAUCUCUUCGAUCAUGGCUUGUGUGGAUUCAGAAGUCGACCUGUGGACGAUUCCUCUCAUUGCACUCAAUGUGAGCGUGAGGAAAAAGUUGGGACUUUACCUAAACCCCAAAAUCACCGUGGCCGCGGACUGGACGGCUGUUGCUGAGGCCAUGGACUUCACUUACCUGGAGAUAAAGAACUACGAAGAUACAAAAAGCCCCAUCAGAGCCGUCCUGGAGAACUGGCAGGCACGGUGCUCGGACGCGACGGUGGGGAAGCUGCUGUCAAUCCUGGAGGAGGUGGAGAGGAAGGACGUGGUGGAGGAUCUUCGUCCUUCUAUAGAUGCGGAUGUCAGGAAGUAUUUAGAGAACCUGGAAAAGCAGGCUACGCCUCCACUUCAGGUCCCUGAGGUGGACAGCUGUGACCCUCGCCCCUCGGAGAGGUUUGCCAUGACCCUGGAAGACAACCCUGAAGGUGCUCCUGAGCUGUUUGAUGCCUUCAUCUGCUACUGCCAGAGUGACUUCGAGUUUGUGCAUGAGAUGAUCCGCGAGCUGGAGCAGACGGAGUACAAGCUGAAGCUGUGCGUGUUCGACAGAGACGUCCUGCCGGGCUCCUGCGUAUGGACCAUCACUAGUGAACUCAUCGAGAGGAGGUGUAAGAGGAUGGUGGUGGUGAUUUCUGAUGAAUACCUUGACAGUGAUGCCUGUGACUUUCAGACCAAGUUUGCACUCAGCCUCUGUCCCGGAGUUCGAGGUAAACGUCUUAUUCCAGUGAAGUACAAGCCGAUGACAAAGCCGUUCCCCAGCAUCUUGCGCUUCCUCACCAUCUGUGACUACACCCGGCCUCUCCCACCGGACUGGUUUUGGACACGUCUGGCCAAAGCUCUCUCACAGGCAGUUACUCGUAUUUAAAGGUGCCUUUUUAUUGUUGGGAAAUGGCAAAGCAUCACAGGUUAUAGUAUGUGCUACUGCUUUAGUUCCUUAUUGUUUACUGUGUGUAUAUGGAAUGUAUUAUAGUGCAACUAUUUGUGUUUCCUAUAAGGAGGAAAUAGUGAUUACUAUCAUUAUGAAACUCAAGCUGCACAGGGAUACCAAUUAUCUGCAAAGUUCUCACUGCACACAGCCAUUAUUAUGCUUUAAGCAUAUCAAGUUGUUGCAGCCGCUAUUUUGUAUUUAUGUGCGGUACAUUGGUGAAAAAGAUGUGUUUGUAUGCAGGGCAGCAUGUACUUAUUGCUCUGUGAAAGCUCUGGGUUUUUUUACACUGGCCACUUCCUCUUAUGUGUCAACUUUUAGAUGAGAUUGUAUCUUAAGAGAUAUUGUGAUUAUUUUACUUGUUAAAUUCUACUGACUGCUGACACCUGCUUUUCUCUCUCACUUUCCGUCACCACGAUGUCUUUACAUUUGAUUUUGUACUUUUGAUAUGGUAAAAGUGAAUGUAUUCUUCCUCGAAAAAAUAAUUUCUAAAUAUGUUUUCCUCAAAAUAAAUGUAACACAUUUUUCAA